CCUCCACGACUGGGACCCCUCCCCUGCGCUGGAGGUCCUCGACGCCUAUAACAACAACUUCUCCGGCCCGCUCCCACGUUGCCUCGCCAAGCUCCCCCGCCUCCGCCACCUCCACCUCGGCGGGAACUUCUUCUCCGGAGAGAUCCCGGAGUCAUACGGUGGUAUCGAGAGCCUCGAAUACCUGGGCCUUAAUGGGGACGCCCUCUCCGGCCUGGUCCCGGUGAGCUUGAGCCGGCUUACGAAUCUACGGGAGAUGUACAUCGGCUACUACAGCACGUACGAGGGCGGCAUCCCGCCGGAGUUCGGGAUGCUGGCCUCGCUGGUCCGGCUUGACAUGGCGAGCUGCAACCUCUCCGGCCCGAUUCCGCCGAGCCUCGGCCGGUUGAAGCUCCUUGACACGCUCUUCUUGCAGUGGAAUCACCUCACCGGCACGAUUCCGCCCGAGCUCGGCGGGCUCGACCGGCUCCAAUCUCUUGAUCUCUCGAUCAACGAGCUCACCGGAGAGUUGCCGGAGAGCUUCGCAGGGUUGAAGCAGCUCAAGCUCCUCAAUAUCUUCCGCAACCACCUCCGCGGCCGCAUCCCGCCCUUCAUUGCCGAUCUCCCGAAUCUUGAGGUGCUCCAGGUCUGGGAGAACAACUUCACCUUCGAACUUCCAGAAGGGCUCGGUCGGAAUGGCCGGCUCGUGAAGCUGGACGUAGCCACGAAUCGCCUUACCGCGAUGAUCCCUCCCGACCUCUGCGCUGGGGGGCGGCUCGAGCUGCUCGUUUUGAUGGAGAAUGCGUUCUUCGGACCGAUUCCAAAGAAACUCGGCGAUUGCAAGUCGCUGGCCCACGUCCGGCUCGCCAAGAACUUCUUGAACGGGACGAUCCCGGCCGGACUCUUCAAUCUACCCUCCGCCGACAUGCUCGAGCUUAGCGACAACUACCUUUCUGGCGAGCUGCCGGCGAGGAUGGCCGGGAACAAGCUCGGCAUGCUGAUCCUCUCCAAUAACUGGAUCUCUGGCCCGAUCCCGCCGGCGAUCGGGAAGCUUCGCGGGCUCCAGACCUUAUCUCUGGAGUCAAACCGGCUCUCCGGCGAGAUCCCGCCCCAGAUCGGCGAUCUGAAGCAGCUCACCAAGCUUAACCUGAGCGGCAACAACUUGGUCGGAGAAAUCCCUCCUGAUCUCGCCCGGUGCACUGGGACACUCGAGGCCGUCGAUCUCAGCCGCAACGGUCUGACCGGCGAGAUCCCGGCGGCGAUCACGGAGCUUCAGAACCUCAACACACUAAACUUAUCCAGAAACCAUCUCUCCGGCGCGAUCCCGUUGCAGAUCCAAAGGAUGCAGAGCUUGACCACCCUCGAUCUCUCCUACAACAACCUCUCGGGCGAGAUUCCGGUCGAGGGGCAGUUCUUGGCGUUCAACGAGACCUCGUUCAUUGGCAACCCCGAUCUCUGCGGUGCCCCCCUGCACGUGCCGGUGCCAUGCGGGCAGGCUCGUGGUGGGCCCCGGGCCGUGCGGGCCCGCGGGAAGCGGUUCUUCGCGUGUGUGGUGCUGCCGGUGGGGGUUAUGAUUCUGGUGGGCCUAGCGGCGCGCAAGGGAUGGAAGGCGUGGAGAGGAAAAGACCGGUCCGGCGCUUGGAAGAUGACCGCGUUCCAGCGGCUCAAUUUCACGGUCGACGACGUCACGGAGUGCUUGAAAGAAGACAACGUCAUCGGCAAAGGCAGCGCCGGGAUCGUUUACCGUGGGAACAUGCCGAGCGGCGCCGAUGUGGCGAUCAAGCGGCUGGUUGGGCGCGGCGGCGGAGAGCACGACCGGGGAUUCACGGCGGAGAUAACAACUUUAGGCCGAAUCCGGCACCGGAAUAUCGUCCGGCUGCUGGGGUUCGUGUCGAACAGGGAGACCAAUUUACUGCUGUACGUGUACAUGCCGAAUGGGAGCUUGGGGGAGAUGCUGCAUGGAAACAAAGGGGCGCAUCUGGGGUGGGAGGCGCGUUCCCGGAUUGCGGUGGAGGCGGCAAGAGGGCUGUGCUACCUCCACCACGACUGCUCGCCGCUCAUCAUCCACCGGGACGUGAAAUCAAAUAAUAUAUUGCUCGACUCCAACUUCGAAGCGCACGUCGCCGACUUCGGCCUCGCCAAGUUUCUCCAGGACCCUGGCGCGUCUGAGUACAUGUCCUCUAUUGCCGGGUCCUACGGCUACAUCGCACCGGAGUAUGCAUACACUCUUCGAGUGGAUGAGAAAAGUGAUGUCUAUAGCUUUGGUGUUGUGCUUUUGGAGCUGAUCACUGGGCGUCGACCCGUCUGCCUUGCUGCAUUCGGGGAAGGUGUUGACAUCGUGCACUGGGUUCGGAAGACAACAUCAGAGGUCACAGACAAGUCUGAUGCUGCAGCAAUCCUUUCUGUGGUUGAUCGCAGGCUCUCACCAUGCCCUCUGGAUUUAAUCAUCAAUCUGUUCAAGGUGGCGAUGCUGUGUGUGGAGGAGAAAAGUGCGGCACGCCCGACCAUGAGGGAGGUGGUCCACAUGCUCUCCAAUCCAACAGCCUCGGCAGCGACCGGUCUUCUUGCUGUCUGAAAAAAUUGUCUGAAAAUCUAGUUGUCUAAUUACUGCUAAUAAGCUAUGAGGCAUUUUGUGGGUUGUAUAUAGUUCCGUUUUCAGAUUGCGUCCUGUAUGCCAGUGUGGUCUUCUAAGGAGUCUGCCCACUUGACUCGGCUGAGUCUGUCAGCUGAUUGUUGUGAAAAUUGUAUUGUGGAAUGAUGUUGUGAUAUUUAAUGAUUGUAUACUAUCUGUGAUUGGAGGA